AUCAUCGCCUUCGUGGCGCGAAAUCUGCGAAGUGUCGAAGAUAGCUCUUGGCGGAAUAGAUCGGGAAAUUCGGAAUAGAAAUGAGCCUGCAAACAGCCCACAAGUUUCCGCUCCGACUAUACUCGAAAUACGUGGAACCUAUGGAAGACGACGUUGCAAGAGACGCGAAAGAUGCUACCAUGGACAGAAGCAACUGGAAUGUGCGGACCAGUACGGACGAGAGCACUUUGUUUGUUCACGUGACCGACAAAGAUAUGAUGCUUGUACAUCAGGGAGUUACCACCUAUGAAUGCGUUUUUCUGCCGAAUUCAAAGGACUGGGUGAAAGGGUCUGUGAAGGGAGACAGCAUCUUGCUGAUCUCAAGGUUUCACGAAGGCAACGAACGAAAAUUUCGAAUUCAGUUUGACCGCUUUGCCGACAAGACCGGGAUCGAGCAGUGCCAGGCAUGCGUCGACAUACUCUCGAAGUACUUCCCCAUCCAUGAUUGCCCAGACGAUCCGCAGGAGAGCCAGCCUACGCUCGACGUUGCCGGAUUCUUCAACCAGCAGUUUGAGUCGCCCGACACCUUGCACCAACUGGUCAAGUCGUGCCUGCAGGACCCAACCUUUCCCCACUUCGUGCAGCAGGUCGAAGCUGUCUUGAACCAAACUCUGGAUGAGCCAUCCUGAACGGUGCAGAGACGCUCACUCUCGCGCAUUGCUAUAAAAAUGUGUGCGUUUGAAUGACCGCCUUUACGGGAACAUCGAGGAGUCGGACAACUUCGACGAGGCUGGGAUCCAUAGGCAGAAAGAGUCUCGUCGCGGAAUUUAAGAAACGUUCGAGACACAAAGCUUGGCAAACACAGAAACCCUUUUUGUUCCAAGAAAAUAAUAAAGCUCAUAAAAAAACAUUCUAAAAACUUUCAUUUGAAUAGUAGCGCCGAGUCACCUGUCAAGCUGAAACGUGAGCCACAACCUUAAAACCUUCACUACACUCCUACACUCUAAAAGCCAUGAACGAUGCCGGACAAAAAAUUGGCAAUUCUAAUAGA